UCCUUUACACAGGCUGACUGGAGUUUGUUGAGUCUUUCAAUGAGCACCUCAUCGCUGACCUCUGGGUCACCCAGGAAAGGCUUUAUCUGGAAUGUCUUGCUCAUCAUAGCUGGGCUAUACUGCUCCUCUGAAUCUCUGUCCUCUGAGUUCUAUCGCCUUGAACAGGAAGUUUUGAGUUGAUUCUUUUGGUUCCUGAGAUAUGCCAAUAAGUCUCCGGUACAGGUUGGAUGUAUCUUCUUCCUUAUAGUGGCCUUUAGCAUAAUAGUCUUUAGCUUUGAGAGAGUCAGGUCAGUUUUUAUUUCAAGCAUAUCUCACAGGUUCCGCCCUGGGCCAAUGGCUGCUUCAAUGACAUCUGAUUGAUGACCUCUCCGAAGUCCUCCGUCUAUCUGCUGUACCAGGUUGUUAUAUGACAAGUUGUUGCGUUGUCCUCCCUCAACUUGCCCGCUGGUACAGAACUCUCUUCGAACAGUUACUUCAGGAACUUUGGAUUUUUGAAGGGGCUGGAUAAGCUCAUUCACAGAGGGGUUGGUUAUAUGCAGUUUAUCACAGCGUUUUUAGGAGCUUACGGGACAGUUCUUGGGACCUCUGCAGCUCUACCUAUUUCCCCUUUAUCUCUCGUAAGCGGAGAAGUUCUUGCUCUGUUCCCUCACCACUCCCGUCCACCAUUGUUCCCAUGAAGGCUAAAAGAUGUUGGAUACUCUGACAUGCUCCUUCCCCAUCCUCAUCCUUUUCAACAGCAUCCAAUCCCUUCUCCACUAAUUGAUAAGUGCUCGUCGACCCCUCUCAUUUAGGGUCUGGUCCUCUUCCUCCAUACAGGUCAGGUGUAUGCACACAGUACUACCUGAUCCCAGUUUGGCCUCGAGUUCCAUGAUGAAACUGCAGUUCUCUCACUUGUUCUAGCUUCGUCUUGGGAGAAAUGUCUUCUCACGGCUGGAGCUUCUGCUCCAAGACACCUUUCUCCAAGAUAUGUCCGUGUAUGAUGGCGCCUUAAAUACGGCUGCAACUGUUUUAAUGAGGCUGCCUGUUCGCUGUUACUCUUCCUUUCUAUUCCGGUAUGUUCUAAAUACAUUGAUUAUAAUGUUACUCCUGAAUACAUUUAUAAUAUAAUCAUUGUAACACUUCUCAUCUGAUACUAAGUCUUCUGCCUAUGUUCUAUACUUAGGUAACAUUUUGAAUCGAGUGCUAUUGCUAUUUAUAGUAUACUUCAGGAUGUGAAUAAUUGUUCUACAGAAAGUCUCAGAAAGUAAUCCUGUGUCUUGAUCAAAACCAUACAAAACAAAGAGGCUGUUAAACUCAAGGAAUAUGUUCAUGAAAGCACUAACGGGAUCAAAAUAAUUAGAUCCAUAUAUGUUUUUAUUAUCCAGAAAAAUAAUAGUGUUAAUAAAUCUCAAGUGAUCUACAAGUACGUCUACUUUAUAAUAAGUAACUACUUCCUUAUGUCGAUUGUUCCAAAGUUCAACUGUGAGACGGCUUUUCUUCGAGCGUGUGGCAGGAAGUGUGUGUGUGUGUGUGUAGAGGGACUAGUUCAAGAGAGUCCAUUUGACCGGUAUAUAUGAUGCAAUACUGCAGUACUCGGGGCGGGGUCCAUGGAUGGGACUUCCACGAUGUGCUGUUUUCAGGGUACGCUCCAGACGGGGGUAUGUUCAUGCCCGAGAGUGUACCUGUGCUGAGCCCAGACACCAUGAGGAGCUGGAGGGGGCUGAGCUACACCCAAUUGGUGGUGGAGGUUGCCUCACUGUUCGUUCCCACUCAGCUGAUCCCCAGACAGGACCUGCAGGUCCUUGUGGGUGAAGCCUUGACUGGUUUCUCAGUGGCUGAGGUGUUGAGUAUCGCCCGGCUGAAGGACGGUCUGUCAGUCCUGGAGCUCUUCCAUGGAGAAACCUUGGCCUUUAAGGACCUGGCCAUGACCUGCACCGUGAGAUUCCUCAACUAUUUCCUGCAAAAACAGAAUCGCAGAGCUACAGUUCUUGUAGGUACAUCAGGAGACACCGGUGGCUCGGCCAUCCAGAGCGCCAGAGGUCUCAGCGGGUUGGACGUGGUGGUGGUUUACCCCCGAGGACGAGUCACCCCUGUCCAAGAGAAGCAUAUGAUCACCUGCCUGGAGGAUAACAUCCAUGUGUUUGCUGCCGACGGGAGCUCAGAUGACAUCGAUCAGCCUCUGCGGCGUCUCUUUGCGGACCAGGAGCUGGUCAGGUCUCACGGUCUCAUGAGCCUCAACUCAGUCAACUGGUCUCGAGUCAUGAUCCAGCUCGCCCACUUCAUCUAUGCUUACCUGGAGCUCAGUGGUCUGGAGCAGGCAGUGGCUGACGUGGAACUGCCUGAGCUGGAGGUGGUGGUGCCCACUGGAGGGGCGGGAAACAUUGCUGCUGGCUACCUAGUGAAACAGAUGGGCGUGCCCCUGAAGCUGGUCUCCAUGGUGAAUUCUAAUGACAUCGUGCACAGGCUGGUAACCAGUGGAGACUUCUCCAUGUCAGCUGUCACUCAAACGUUGGCCCCUGCCAUAGACAUCCAGGACCCGUACAACAUGGAGCGAGUGUUCUGGCUGCUUCUGGGCGGUGACGGAGUGGCAGUUAAACACAUGAUGGAGGAGUUUCAACAAGCACGCACAUAUUCUGUGCCGGAAAACCACCGCAAACUAUUGUCACAAGUGUUAUCAACUGGAACAGUGACCGAUGAGGAGAUCCUGGAGACCAUGAGGAGAUGCUGGGAGGAAAACCAGUAUAUCCUGUGUCCACACACAGCUGUAGCUGUAUGGCAUCACUACCACUGUCCUCACAGCCCCAGGCUCAACAGGUGCUACAUUGCAACAGCAUCUCCAGCCAAGUUCCAGGCAGCAGUACAGAGGGCUGGCCUGACCUUUGACCUGCCUGAGGCAGUGCUGGCUUUGGACAAGAUGUCCAUCCGUUACCAGAACCUGGAGCGAAGCCCGAACUGGUGCAAAGACUGGGAGGACAGACUGAGAGAGAAAAUACAGUCUGUGAGUUUAGCCAGGAAGAGCAAAGGGACUUACUACUGCUGAUGAGGAAAGAUGUUAUGACGUGUCAAAUAGGGUUGAGCUUCACCUGGAUGGACAUGAACGUGUGUGAUCAUUGAGCUUCACCUGGACAUGAACGUGUGUGGCAUCAUUGAGCUUCACCUGGACAUGAACGUGUGUGUGAUCAUUGAGCUUCACCUGGAUGGACAUGAACGUGUGUGUGAUCAUUGAGCUUCACCUGGACAUGAACGUGUGUGUGAUCAUUGAGCUUCACCUGGAUGGACAUGAACGUGUGUGAUCAUUGAGCUUCACCUGGAUGGACAUGAACGUGUGUGUGAUCAUUGAGCUUCACCUGGAUGGACAUGAACGUGUGUGUGAUCAUUGAGCUUCCUUAUCUGGAUCUAGUAAGUGGUGUUGUUGCCUCUUCGAUGGACUAUGGUCUGUCGGGUCAUGCAUCAUGAGCCAAUCAAGUAUUCACACGUCCAAUCUUCCUUCCACCUGUAACUGAAAUGUAAAUGAAUGCUGAAGAAUCAAA